UUCGUCUUCACAACAGGAACCUAGGACUGCGGCGGAACACGGUGGUCAGAGACAUCGGCGCCCGACCUCUCAGCGUUUCUCCAACUUCCUGCUAAAUCGCGCAAAAUGGCCGCCGGGCAACUCCACUGGCGGCUGACGAUGCUUGUCGAGAUCGGCCAUCUUGUACACGGUUUCCACGGUAGCUGGGGAUGGCUGCCCGGAGGGCAGACCGACAUCCGUCCGACAAUCGAGGAAGCCCAACAGCAUGCGCAAGAACUGGCCAUUAUGCUGGCCAAACUGAAGACCACUAUCCUCCCUCGACACUGCACUGAUCUCCUUGGCGCUGGACAGCGUUCAAGCGGAGUGUACACCGUGUUCCACAAGGGUGCCGGACCUUCGGGACAGAGCGUCUACUGCGAUAUGGACACUGAUGGUGGCGGAUGGACGGUUAUCCAGAGGCGAGGGCAGUUUGGCAACAGAGUCUACCACUUCUACCGCAACUGGACCGAAUACGCUCAGGGUUUCGGUGAUCCGUCUGAAGAAUACUGGAUUGGCAACAACGCGCUGAAUGCGCUUACAUCAGGCGACGACACGAUGGUUCUUCUCGUGGUACUCAGCAACAGCACGGACGAUAGCGCUUCGCUCGAGUACGAUAGCAUCCGCGUGGAUCCCGAAGACCAGCUCUACAGGCUGCAUCUAGGACGGUUCUCGGGACCAGAAGGUUGGGACUCGAUGGCUGUAUCUAACGGACACAACUUCUCCACGUUCGACCGCGACAACGACAUGUGGCCCCAGAACUGCGCCGCCACUUUCCGGGGUGCCUGGUGGUACAACAGUUGCCACUCGGCCAACUUGAACGGACUCAACCUGAACGGGCCGCACCAGAGCUUCGCCGACGGAAUCGAGUGGAGCCUGCGAGGAUCACCAGUGCCCCUUCACUAUCACUCCUACCCCAGCGUUCGGAUGAUGAUACGACCAGCGGACACGGAGCGUUUAUUGAGGCACCCAUUAUCCUGAAGGUGGUGGCAACUUUACGUGCGGAGGCACCCCUAUGCCAUCCGGAAAC